AUGGACCCAAUCCCCCUCCAGUCGAAAGAUUAUCGGGAGCUCCUCGACGUCAUCGACAAGCUUCGCUCCAAAGGGAUCGGCAGAUAUGUCGACCUUCCCGAGAUCAUCGUGUGUGGUGAUCAGUCCGCCGGCAAGAGUUCCGUCCUCGAGGCAAUCUCGGGCAUGUCUUUCCCGACCAAGGACAAUCUCUGCACGCGCUUCCCCACGGAGCUGGUGCUUCGCCGAGCCCCGAAGGCCAUCGUCAAAGUCUCCAUCAACGCCGAUGCCGAGAGAUCGGCGGAAGAGAAAGAGCGCCUGUCUCGAUUUUGCUACGAGGAUGAUGCUGCCAGCCUCGAUCUCGGACUCGUCACGGAGAAGGCCAAGGAAGAAAUGGGCCUCUCGCAAACAAAAGUCUUUUGCACCGAUGCUCUCCACGUCGAACUCUGUGGGCCUACCCAACCUCAUUUGACUCUUGUCGACUUGCCAGGUCUCUUCCACGCCGGGAACACAGAUCAAUCGGAAACUGACGCCGCCACCGUGGGAGACAUGGUGCAAAGCUACAUGAAUAGGCCCAGGAGCAUCAUCCUGGCUGUCGUGUCGGCCAAGAACGACUUCAACCUUCAAGCAGUUACCAAGAUCGCGCGCAAACUCGAUCCGAAGGGCGUCCGUACGAUGGGCAUCAUCACGAAACCCGACACGCUGGACCUCGGGUCAGAUAGCGAGAUGGCGUACAUUAAACUUGCCCAAAACAGGGACGUGGUGUUCCGACUGGGCUGGCAUGUCCUCAUAAACAGAGACUACGCCAGGAGGAACACCUCCAACGCCGAGAGAGACGAAUUCGAAGAACAGUUCUUUAUGAGCGGAAGCUGGCAAUCGGUUGACCCGAUGAGUCUGGGCGUGAAGAGCUUGAGGCCUCGCCUGAGCAACGUUUUGAAGGAGCAAAUCCUGCGACAGCUCCCGCACCUGCUCCAAGAUGUUAAGUCUGGGAUUGAUGACUGUCAGUCCCGUCUGCAGCGUCUUGGGACGGAAAGGCAGACGUUCGAGACUCAGCGCCGCUAUCUUUUGCAAGUCAGUCGGAAGUUUUCCACUCUUAUGACGGCCGCGGUCGAUGGUUUCUACAAGGAUGCCUUCUUCGGCAGUGCCAAAACCGAGUCAGGGUACCAGAACCGCCUGCGCGCCGUUGUUCAGAAUACUCUCACCAAGUUCAAAGACGAGAUGCAAGCCAAGGGGCAAAUGAGGACCAUUGUUGAGGCCCUGCCGAAUCAAGGUCCGCUAGGCGACGGCGAAGUCUUGAGGUCGCAAUACAUUGAAGAGGUCAAGGACCUAGUGCGAAAGAGCAGAGGCUGCGAGUUGCCAGGGACCUUCAACCCACUCAUAAUUGGGGAACUCUUCUCGGAGCAGUGCCAGCCUUGGGAAGGAAUCGCCGCGGCAGCAAAAGAUUCUGUCAUGGAAGCAGUUUAUCGGACGGUAAGGGCCAUUCUUGGCCACGUUGCUGUCGCAGAAACGGCUGGCGGGAUAGUCCAACUAAUCGGACGCGGGCUUGACGAUCUGAGAACGGUCAUGGACCAACAGAUCAGAAGCCUACUUGCUCCUCAUCUUCAUGGUCAUCCAAUCACAUACAACCAGAGUCUCUUAGAUAACGUCCAGGAAGUCCAGGACAAGCGACGUCGGGCUGGAUUAGAAAAAGUCUUGGUCAAGUUGUUUGGGUCGAAGGGUCCAUUGCAGAAGUUUGACGAGAUUGUCUCUCCGCUAGCCCUCUUGGAUUUGCUUGUGGAACAUGAAAAGGUCGACAUGGAGAGUUAUGCAAGUGAGCUGGCUGUCGACUACAUGCAGGCGUACUACAAAGUCGCUCUGGAGAAAUUCGUCGACGAUGUGAGCGUUCUGGCCAUUGAACAAUGCCUGGUGAGCAAGCUUCCAUCGCUCUUCGGCCCUGAGAUGGUUGAUUCCCUGGAAGUUAGCGACGUCGCUCGCAUGGCUGCAGAGAGCGAGGAGAGCGCAAGCGAACGGCGCCGAUACAAGGACAAGCUGGCUAUUUUGGAGGACGGGCUACGUGAGCUCAUGCUCUUGGAUCGGCAUUCUCCGAGCGGUCCGUAUGAGGUUCUCGACGCGGAUGAGUGCGAGGAGACCGAUGAUGUAACCUUGAGAAGCGUCUCGCAACCCAGUCGUUUGGAGCCCUCACCGCCGACUGUUUUCAUGGAGAAGGGAGAAUAUACUCCGGGAUUAGUUGCAGCGGCAGAUGGCGAUUCACUUUGGGCAGCUCCCAGUACAACGAAGAAGAAGAAGAAGAAGAAGAGAAUCAUAGAAGAGCCUGAGCUUUCAACGGAGGUAUUAUAA